CGGACGGCCGAUCGGAAUUAUUUUUUGCCCGUUCACAGUUCGUCAUUGUUCCUGGUUUUCGAUAGAUCAGCUCAUCGGAGCCCAAUUUCUUCUGUCCAGCAUCAGCUCUAGAUUACUGUCUUCGUUGAAAUGGAUUUUUCCAACUUUCAAGCACCGGGGAUGUACCCGUAUCACGCCUCUUCCUCUUCCAAACAAGCGGAGAAGAGCUAUGUGGACCACCCCAUUAUGGGGCCUCACAACAGCAGCUUCACGCUCAUGCCCGAAGCUCCUUCCAAGCAUACCAAGUAUCCAUAUGUAACUGGUACAUCGGUUUUGGGAGUCAAGUACAAAGAUGGUGUUCUUCUGGCUUCCGACACAGCAGCAUCAUAUGGUUCAACUGUGAGGUACAAAAGUGUGCAGCGCUUGAAAGCUGUAGGCAAGACCACUGCUCUCGGUGCCAGUGGCGAAAUAAGCGAUUUUCAAGCAAUUAAUGAGUUGCUGGACCAACUCAUUACCAACGAUUACAUGUGGGACGACGGUAACAACCUUGGACCGGUGGAGAUCCACAAUUAUCUAAACCGCCUCAUGUAUGGACGCCGCAACAAAUUUGAUCCUCUUUGGAAUAGCCUUGUCCUUGGUGGAGUUAAAAACGGGCAACAGUAUUUGGGUGUUGUUACAAUGAUUGGUGUUCAUUAUGUGGAUGAUCACGUGGCCACUGGGUUUGGUAACCAUCUCGCCCGGCCUAUCUUUCGAGAUGAGUGGAGAGCAGAUAUGACUCAUGAAGAAGCCGUUGCACUCCUGGAGAAGUGCAUGCUCGUCUUGUUCUAUCGGGACCGAUCUGCUAUCAACAAAUUCCAGAUUGCAAACGUGACAGAGGCGGGAGUCCACAUAUCUGAGCCCUAUGCACUGCAGACCAACUGGAGUUACAAGGCAUUUGAGAACCCUACAGCAGGGGCUGUGGGGUCUUGGUAGAUUAAAUGUGCACUCCCUAGUUUUCAGUGCGUUGUUCAUUCUGUGAAAAUGCUGUCAUUCUGAUCGACCAGGGAUAUACGGUCGUCCUAUGAAUAGAUCACCUGCCCUUGCUGGUAUAAAUUUUCCAGCUCAUUGUCCCUACAGCUUUUGUGAGA